AUGGAAACAGAAAUCGCCUGUCAGGUCAUCGACCCCAAUGACGUCACUCUCCCCUUAAAGGACGGAGAGAUGUUAGUGAGUGACAUCAUAGAGCUGGGUCCGCACGGGACAACCUUCCACCAACCUGUCACUGUGCAGAUGCAGUACAACAACACGUCGUUAGGUGGCGACAGGGAACUCGCUGUGUGGGGUGAAGACAGUGUCGCAGUAUCAGUGGACCACUUCUCCAUCUUUGCCGUCAUCAAUCAACCCAAACAGGACCAGUUUACUGUGCCAACAGAAGGGUUUAAGCUGACGUCAUCAACCCAGCCUGCGGUACAAAUCAGCUUCCCGGAACAGACUGUGACCACACCAACCGAUGUCACAAUACAGGUACAAGAAAUUCCCAAAACAGCUGUUGAUGAAAUCAAGGCAAAGGACGAGUCUUUCCACAAGCUUGUCGGCACCAGCCCGAUAGUCAAUGUCGAGACUGUGUCGGACGCCGAAGUCCAGUUCCACAAACCGGUCACAGUGCGAGUCCCACAUCCUCAACACUACAUGGACGUCCAACAUGAGGGACCCACCAAACUGAGGGUGAUGUCAUGUGAGGAGGGGACAGAAGAAUGGAUGGAUGUGACGGACAACAUCACUAUCAGCAGCGUCACAGAGGAGUUUGUGGAGUUUGAAGUCUCCCAUUUUACCAGGUGGAUUGUGGUCGUUGUCACAGACAUCUACGAUGACCCAGAGGAACUAGGCCCUAUACCCCUAAACCUUUGCCGAUGGCUUCAGCACCGUGCCGUACAGUUCAUACUGAUGCAGCGAGAGGACAACAUGAAACAAGUCGUCAUAGAAUGCAAACCCGCAGAAGAUGCAGAAACAGAACACGCAGAUCUGAUGCAAAAGGGCUACGAUGGUCCGUUGCCGUCUGACAAAGUAACCAUAUUCGAAGGACAAAAAGUAGAAAUAUGUUUGCUGGGUAACGUGUCGAUCGCGCCAUCCUGCACACAACAACACAUCACCUUCCACAGUCAGAAGCUCAACCGUCUCCACAUGCAGGUGGAGAGCCACGAUGGUUCAGACGGCACCGGGACUGUUGCGUUCCUCGCCAUGCCACGCGUCAAAGUCCGAAAGGAGAAAGAUACGAAAGCAAAAAUAAGGAACAUGCGUAAGAAACUUGAGAAACUCGGGCACUCUUCCGACGCGGAAGUUCUGCAACCAAAAGAGCUUUGCGCGCUCCCAAUCUAUGUGCCGUGUGAAAGUGCAAGAAAGACAUCAAAAGGAGUUACAGGUGGGGCAACCUUCAAAGACGUGGGGAAGUACUUUUUCUUCAUCAAGGAAAACGUGAGCACGGACUGGAAGGAUUUGGCUUUCCAUCUCGGCUUUGCGGAUCCUGACAUCAGAAACAUUGAAGGCAAACAAGCUAACCCCGACGACAAGUCCCGCUGUAUGGACAUGUUGAGGGAGUGGCAGAAGCGGGGAGGGAACUCCGCUACCAAAGAGGUCCUGACGGAGGCUCUGUCAAAAGCAGGGCUGCAGAGAGUUGUGGAUGGUCUAAGCAGGCCACAACAAAAAGAGGCGAAGAAGUAA